CGUACGGCAGCAUGGCGGCGGUGCUGGUGCAGUACGUGGUGCUCCGCGGGGACCUGGCGCGGCCUCCCCGCUCGUGGCCGCUCGGUGCCGUGGUGGCUCAGGGCUGCCACGCCGCGCUGGCCGCCGUGCACGGUUACCGGGAGCAUCCCGACACCGGCGCGUACCUGCAGCAGGGCGCCGCCAUGACAACCGUGGUGCUGGAGGCUCCGGAUGAGGAUUCCCUGCUGGAUUUGGCGAAGUCGCUGGAGGAAAAAGGCGUGGAUCACAAGAUUUGGGUGGAAAAUCCCGAGGGAAUUCCCACCUGCCUGGCGCUCCGCCCGUACCCCAAAAACCUGGUGCAGCCUCACCUCAGGAAUUUCAAACUCCUCAAAUGAAUUUGGAUUUUUUUCCCAGGUUUUUGGGUUUUUUUUUAACCUAUAAAACCUGGGGUUUUGGUGGGUUUUUUACCGGGAUUGAAUUCUGUGCGGAUGUGGUGGGAAUAAUGUGGAUUUAAAGUGGUUUUAACGCUG